UUCAAUCAUCUAGGGGAUAACCUACGAAACACUCUACAAUCUUCAUCAUACAUCACUUUUCUCCACGAUCUUCUAAACAAUCGAAUCAAAAUCCCGAUUUUCGAUCUUCGAUUCGUAGAAACCUAACAGAUUGGAGUUUUAAGUCUUUGAAAUUUGUCAAAAGAAUUUUCCAUUUUUGUCCAAUGGGUGAUUAUCGGGUACGAUCGGAUGAAGAGCAACCACCUCCCGCGCAAAUCCCUUUGCUCAGUUCAAACAUACAAAACGACGCCGUUCAAUACCAGCGGGAACAAGAGAUCCGGACAAGUAACAGUCUUGAUGAUGCGUUGGAAAAAUUGGAGAGGUUUUUGACUUUCCUUGGUUUCAAUCAAUCUUCUUUGCAGAGUUUCUCCUUGUCUUGGGCGGCGUUCACGGUGGUAGGGGUUUUGCUUCCGGUUUUGAUUCUGGAACUUUCCAAGUGCAACAACUGCGAGGUGUACCAGAUUAAGGAUUUCGAGGUUGAUGUCGUGGCUUCUCAGGCUUGCUUGGCAGCCGUUUCUUUGUUUUGCAUUUCGUUUAACCUCAGGAAGUAUGGUCUGCGGAGGUUUCUGUUCGUUGAUAGAUACGGUGAUCAAGUAGCUCGCUUUUCCGACCUCUAUGUUAAACAGAUUUCGGCUUCUAUGCGCCUGAUGGUAUGGUGGUUGAUUCCAUGCUUUAUUUUGAAGUUGGCACGUGAGGUCAUUCGAAGUUUAUAUGUGCACCGUGAUUCAUGGUGGAUAUCUGUUGCUAUUUUGGUUGCUUUGAUUUUUUCCUGGACUUGUGUUAGUACUGUCAGUAUAUCCACCAGCAUCUUGUUUCAUUUACUCUGCAACUUGCAAGUUAUUCACUUUGAUGAUUAUGCAAAGCUCUUGGAAAGGGAAUCUGAUGUUAUGGUAUUUAUAGAAGAGCACAUUCGACUAUGUUAUCAUCUCUCCAAGAUAAGCCAUAGGUUCCGGAUUUUUCUUCUUUUACAGUUCUUGGUUGUCACAGUUAGCCAAUUUGUGACUCUUUCCCAGACAAUGGUAUAUGGUGGAAAAGUUAACUUCAUAAAUGGUGGCGAUUUUGCAAUCUCCUCGAUUGUUCAGGUUGUUGGGAUCAUUCUUUGCUUGCAUGCAGCCACAAGAAUUUCUCAUAGAGCUCAAGGAAUUGCAUCAUUUGCAAGUAGAUGGCAUGCAAUGGCGACAUGUACUUCAACUGAUGCAUCCCUGAGAGGUUCAAACAGUGCAGGAAGCAUGGAAGCUCUAAAUCAUUCAAACUCGCUACAUAUGACCUUUUCUGAAAGUGAUCUGGAUUCCGUGGAUUACUUUGCCAUGCCUACAACUACACAGUUGGCUUCUUAUAUGUCUUCGUAUCACAGAAGACAAGCUUUGGUGAUGUAUUUGCAAGCCAACCCAGGGGGCAUUACCAUAUUUGGAUGGACAGUUGAUCGGGGAUUCAUCAACACGAUCUUUUGCAUUGAACUUUCAUUGGUUACUUUCGUACUUGGACGGACAGUAGUCUUCGGUUCUACCUAACAAAAUCUCCAAUCAAACAAAUCAGUUUCUCCAGUGAUAAUACACCUUCAAUUCCAAGAGAGUUUUCAAAUUUAUAGGCGAUUGAUUGCUAUUCUUGGUUCAUAGCAUUGUCGAGCCAUUAGCUAGCUCACUGUUUCCCUGAUGCUACGAAAAUGACUCGCCGACCACUGCACACGGUAAAUUGUUGGGAAUGAAUGGAUGAAGCGGAGAUAAUGGAACCGACUGUGAUGAGGUUCGCCGGAAGGUCUUUGGAAGUCAGGCAAAUUUCUCUACUCUUAAGCUUAUUAAUCCAUUAUACUUCAUUGUAUGUCGAACAAGAGAGUUCUUUUUAAUUAUUAUUAGAAAGAAAAUUUUAUAUUUACCACAUGACUGCAAUUGUUCAGCAGU